AUGGAAGCAUACUCAGAGACCACCGCGUCCUACCUCCCGCUCGAGAUGUCAGAGAGCGUCGAGACGGAUCCGACCGUGCCUGCAUUCUCCACGAUCUCCCUGCCUGCCAAAAUAACCCUGACCGCGCAUCUGGACAAAGAGCGUCCGCUAUCCGAGCCUCGCUGGGUCAAGUCGGGCGAUGUCCAGGAGUGGCUCAGGAGCAUGUUCGGCCGCAUGUUCUGGGUCGCAGGCGAUGCCGCCGAAGGCUGGGAGAAAAAGAUCGAGGUUGCCGAUCCUGAUCCGGCGCCUACGAUCUGGACGAUCCUCGAGGCCUGGGCGCAAAACUCGACGGUCGGGCAGCUGACGGAGCGCCAGCGCUUCCUCCGCACACACAUGACGGAGACCGACAACAUCCUCGAGAUCCUGCUGCGUCUGGUGCGCGGCGAGCGCGCCACCACCCAGCCGACGCCCGCCGUCGCCGCGCCUAACAUCGCCGGGCCCCUGUUGUCCGCGCUCUCGCCCGGCGCCGCACACGGCGCGCAGCAGACGCACGUGUCGCUCGCCGUGCUGGCGAUCUUCCGGAUCGCCGUGGAGUACGCGAAGAAGGCGUCCCCGGAGAACGGCAAGAACGAGGUCGAGGAGCGCGCGGGCGAGAUCAUCCGCUCGCUGCCGCAGCACCUGCUGUAUAAGAGCCUGGACGGCAUCUUCAAGGAGUGGAAGAUGGAGAAGAAGGGCGGCGGCGGCAAGUGAGGUGGUUCUGUCUGCGGUCAGGGUCAGCGUACUUCGUGCCGUCGUGUCUGCAUUGCGAGUGUCUUCUUGUAUGCGAAUUCUUGGCCGUCGCUUCGCAUGUCGCCUGCGGGCUUGCCUUUGUAUGGUACGAUCUCCUUGCGAAAGUGCUCUCCCUUUUGUG